CUCUCCUCUUUCUCUCUCUAACUCUCUCUCUCUCUCCUGGUAUAAAAGGCGUGAAGGAGAGGUGGGGGGAACACACCAUUUUCAAUUUUCUCGAUCUCAAAGCAGUUACACAGAAUCACCACCAGAGCGCUUCUUCACCCAUCGAUUAAACACGCACACACACAAACACACACAAUUACACACACAUUCUCUGUAGACAUGGCGUCGUCUUCAUCUUCGUCGUCUUCGCUCGAUUCAGAAUGGAGUAGGAUACGAAUAUUUACCUUCCGAAAGAUCGAUGAUGAUGACGUGCUUCAUGGUUCUGUCCUUCUCCGUCAUCGCAAGCGUCGCGACACCGUCGAGAUUAUGGCUUCUACGGGUCAAGUAGUAUCAUGGAAGAACAGAAAAGGAGAGGAGAUGCUUUUUGUGAGUGAAAAGAGUGUUAUCAAAAAAGAUGAACCAAUUCUUGGAGGCAUCCCAGUUUGCUUUCCAAGGUUUAUCAACAAUGGAAACAUCGAGAACACCUUUCCGUCUGGCUUGAUUCUUGACCGUUCCGUCCCUCAAUCCGACUAUAAGCCGAUUCUUGCUUUCAUUCUCGGGUCAUCGAAUCGUGACUCUUUAAACUGGCCUCAUAAAUUUGAGUUCCGCAUAAAGUAUCAUCUGCUGGAAGAAAACGGAACUCUUGAGAUGGAAUCCCGUAUCGAAAACACCGAUGAUAAGCCUUUUACAUUCCAGUUUUGCUAUCAAAACUACUUAGCUGCCUCAAAUAUCGAUAACAUUCAGAUUGGAGGAUUGGAUAAACUGGAAUAUCUGGACUAUCAGAAUAACAAGAACCGACUUACUGAGCAGAAUGAUAAAAUCGCCUUCCGAUCUGAAGUGGACAGGGUGUAUGUCGACGUGCCAGCUGGAGGGAAUAAUAGGGUGAUCAAUGUUGUCGACCAUGCGGAACGUCGAAUUUAUACCAUCGAGAGAAGUGGUACUAGUCUUCCUGACAUUGUGGUGUGGAAUCCAUGGAUUGAGAAGGCAAAGACAAUAGGUGAUAUGGGAGAUGAAGAGUAUAAGAAUAUGGUGUGUGUGGGGCCCGCUGCAGUUGUUGAUCCGGUUACGUUGAAUCCCGGCGAGGCGUGGAUCGGAAAACAGAGUGUUUCCAUUCACGAAAUGGUCUGACAUGCAUGCUGAAUAUAUCAUCUAUUUUCUCUAAAUACUGUUUUCUGCCUAUGUACAUGUAAUAUUCAGGCAGUAGUUACGUUGUGAUUUCAGUACAUUCUUGCAUGCGUCGAAUUUGAGGUUACGUUUUUCGAUUAGUUGAAUAAAUACCUAAAGCAGCUUCCUAUUGAAAAACAGAUAUAUAAAUGUGUGAUUUUUUCUUACU